AAUCAAUUCAGAGUAUGUUGGCUCUUGAGUUGAGACCACAAUAAAAUGACAUGAUGAAUGGAGGGCUGAUUCUACCAUUCAAACUGGGGCUGGAGAAGGCUGCCUUCUUUACCCACCUGGAACUGAAAGUGUGUAUGCGGGCUAUUUCUGGCACCAUGGAGGAUGACAGACUAGAUGGUGCCAUUGGGGUUCUAAGAAGACUGACAGUUCUGGCUGAAACAAUGACGGCGUGGAACUCGGACUGAACCUCACCCUGGAUCAAGCGGCAUCAACACUUAACGACCUCCCGGCCUUUAAACAUCAGCAUAUAUGUAAAAAGGUGCCUUCCUUGUUAGUGUGAGCACAAGAAGCCGAGGGGACUCCAUUGGCUGCAAGGACAGGCGGUGCAUGUAACUUGGCCUGCAGGUCCCCAGAGAGGACCAGGCAAAGGAGUUGGGUUACACACUGACAAGCCUUAUACAUGUUUCAUCUGAUGCUCUCUACAGAAGCCCCCUUUAUAUCAUCCAGCCUCUUGAGAGAGUUUUUUACCAUAAGACUGCUCUUCCACUGAACUGAUGCUUACCAAUUAUCAGACUGGUCAGACCCAGGAUUACCGCUAUCAGGACUCUUGAAAGCUUUGUUCGAGCCAGCAACAAGAAGAGGGUCCAAACUUCAGCAUUCUCGAGGGAGAAUCCACCUGUCCCUGGAUCGCUUCAAGAGCUGGCCAUGACCGACACCCUUAGGCCUCCGUCGCUCCAAGUGAGCGUUCCGAGCGAUUCCCCGGUGUACUCCGACGGCGGAUGCCACACCGUGUCGGACUGCUCCAUGAGAUCCAGCUCCUCCACCCCGACGCUGCGCCGCAAGCGCUUCAAGAUGCGCCGCAUGAGGAAUGUGCCCAGCGAGAGGGAACUGGAGAGGGCUCAGAGUCACCUCAAGGCCCGGUAUCGCUCGGGCUCAAAGGAAUACCUGCAGCUGCCUUCCAUCGAGAUCACGCCAUCCAGUGACGAAGACGCUCUCUCGUCGUGGUCCAGCUGCUCCACGCCCAGUGCCUCGCCGCGACGCAAGCGCUUCCUGCUGAGGAAAUGGCUGAAAGUCAGAGAGAAGAAGGAGCAAGGCAGUGAGAGCAGCAGCCAGCAGAGCAGCCAGCAGAGCAGCCAGCAGAGCAGCCAUGAAGAUGACACCACACGCUUCUUGACUCCAUUAAUCCGAGAGGAGAGGUCUGACAGUGCCGCCGACAAAAUCAGCACUGCCAGUAACUCGAACAAGAGCACGCCCGCUUGCUCGCCCGUCCUGCGCAAACGCUCGCGCUCUCCGACACCACAGAGCCAGGAGGGCGACAACAUGGUGGAGAAGGGCUCGGACCACUCCUCGGACAAGUCCCCCUCCACGCCCGAGCAGGUGGUGCAGCGGACCUACUCCCUGCAGUCGGCGCGCAGCGGGGGCAAGAACUCCAAGUCUCACAAGCGACUUUCCAAAUAUGACAGACUAAACCUGAUUAAAAAGAGCCAAAGCUGGUACAACCAUGAACGACAACAUAUCAUGAGAGUGCUGAGCCCCACAUACAAGCAGCGCAAUGAGGACUUCAGGAAACUCUUCAAGCAUCUACCUGACACAGAGAGACUCAUUGUGGACUACUCCUGUGCUCUGCAACGGGACAUCCUCCUGCAGGGACGACUCUACCUCUCCGAGAACUGGAUCUGUUUCUAUAGCAACAUCUUCCGCUGGGAAACGCUGCUGACGGUGCGAUUAAAGGACAUCUGCUCGAUGACGAAAGAGAAAACUGCCCGCCUCAUUCCCAACGCCAUCCAGGUCUGCACUGACAAUGAGAAGCACUUUUUCACCUCCUUUGGAGCCAGGGACAGGACGUACAUGAUGAUGUUCAGACUUUGGCAGAAUGCACUGCUCGACAAGCCGCUAUGCCCCAAAGAGUUGUGGCACUUUGUCCAUCAGUGCUACGGCAACGAGCUCGGACUAACCAGCGAUGACGAGGACUACGUUCCCCCCGACGACGACUUCAACACCAUGGGGUUCAGUGAGGAGAUUCCCAUUGAGGAGAACGAGCUCAACAAUGACAACUUGUCCAAGAGCAGCGCAGAGGCCAAGCCGGAUGGAAGUCCUCCUCCUCUACACAAGAAGUUGGUCCCUAACAGCACCAUCGACACGCCCAUCACAUUGGACCUACCCGCAGAUGAUUUCGCAGACUGCCCGACGGACGGUGAGCUGCUAGCCGUGCCCCUGCUGGUGGACGAGAGGAACAACGACAUUGCCGGUACCGACGGCCCUGUACCGUCGCCUUCACUCGACUUCAACGACAACGAGGACAUCCCCACCGAGCUCAGCGACUCCUCAGAGACGCACGAUGAGGGUGAAGUUCAGGCCUUCCACGAGGACCUGAACGGGCGGCAACACAUUAACGAGAUCUACAAGUUCAGCGUGGACAAGCUCUAUGACAUCCUCUUCACCGAGUCACAGUUCAUGAGCGACUUCAUGGACCAGAGGCGGUUCUCGGAUGUGGUGUAUCACCCGUGGAAGAAGGAGGAGGCCGGCAACCAGACCAGGGAGAUCAUGUACACCAUCUCUCUGUCUAACCCUUUGGCCCCCAAGACAGCUACCGUCACGGAGACACAGACUCUGUACAAGGCCAGUCAGGAGAGCGAGUGCUACAUCAUCGACGCCGAGGUGAUCACGCACGACGUGCCCUACCACGACUACUUCUACACCCUUAACCGCUACAUGCUCACCCGGGUGGCCAAAAACAAGUGUCGUUUACGGGUAUCCACAGAGCUGCGUUUCAGGAAGCAGCCGUGGGGGCUGGUGAAGGGCUUCAUCGAGAAGAACUUCUGGAGCGGGCUGGAGGAGAACUUUCGCCAUCUUGAACUGGAGCUGUCUAAGUUGGAGGACAUUCUCACCGAGUCCCACCAGCUCUCCCCGAAGGCUAACAAGGUGGUGAAGAACGCCACGGUGAGGCGGAAGAAGAGGCCCGCACCCCACAUGCGUAGCCAGCAUAUGGACGAGGCGCUCAGUCCGGUCACCACGCCGACGGACGAGGAGGUCAUCCAGCGCAUCAAACAAGUGGCGGGCUCCACGCAGACCCGGCAUCAAAGCCCGCAGCACUGCCACCUGCCGGGAGGCUUUGCUUUGUACAGCAUCUCCAAACUGCUGCUCAUCAUCAGCUUUGUUCUGGUCCUGCUGGUGGUCCUCAACUUGAUGCUCUUCUACAAGCUGUGGAUGCUGGAGUACUCUGCACAGUCCUUAACCACUUGGCAAGGUGUGCGGCUACAUGAAAGCAAACUUCCCCAAACACAAAUGGAGUGGGCCCAGCUCCUGGAGGCGCAGCAGCGUUACCAUGACGGCGAGCUGCAGAAGUGGCGGGAGAUAAUCAAGUCGUCUGUGGUGCUGCUCGACCAGAUGAAAGACUCUUUACUCAACCUCCAGCUAGGCAUCGGCUUGAGGGACUUCAGCUCGGAGAGCGACGACAAGACGAGUCACGACCACUGAUCCCGCCACCGCCACAAAAGGCCGAGAGGGCAUGCUGUGCAAUAUUGGACCACUUUUUUUUUUUGUUUCUUUGUAUUACAAGUCUGUGUGCAGGGAGCCAGAGACCAGGGAAGAGCUGGUCCGGGAACAGUCGUGAAAGGCUAGGAAGCGUCACUGAGGUGUUGUGGGGCACUGCCCCCACCCCCCAACCCGACACCCACCCUACUGUAAGCCAUGUAUCCUCCUUAGGCAGGGAGAAGAAACUACUGCAUGCAUUUAGAGCACUUACAGUAAGUCCCCUCAGUGUUCAUGUGGUUCCAGUCUGUGCGUGUACAACAACAAAAAACCCAGAAGAGGACAUUUGGAGGUUUCUACUCUCUCUUGACUGUUCCAAAUGGUCCCCCUAGAGGUCCUCGCUGCAGCGUCUCCUUGCAGUACGCUAGUGGUCUUCUUGUCAGGGCUGGUUCCCCGACCACACAAUCUGCUUUCAUAGCAGAAUGUAGAAAUAGAAUGUAUAGAAUAACCACUUUCAAUAAGGGACACUGCAGCCAGACUCGUAGAGGGACGUCUUCGUACGUGUUUUAUUACUAAACUGUGACUAUAUCGCUUUAGAAGUGUUUUCGAUUAGAAAGAUUAUAUUUGAAAUAUGAGUAUUUCAUGAUUUAAUAUAUAUAUAUUUCAAAAUAUAUGAGCAUUACCUAUAUUUAUUGUUCAUUUAUGUACAUAAGAAAUGACCGGAGCUCUCGAGCUGUUGAAGAAUUUCUAAGAAAAAAAGUUUUCUUCUUUCAAAAACAAAAAAUAAAUAAAUAAAUGCAUGCCAGAUAUGUCUGUGACAUGUCCAGUGUGCAAGUACGAGUCUGCUUUUGUGCGAUUAUAUUCGCACGUGUGUGUGUGGGUGUGUGUGUGUACGAAUCUGUGUGUGAGUGAGUGCACGUGUGUGUGCUGUAAAGUGUGACAUUUUUAUCAUUCCACACCUUUUUUUUUUUUAGUGUUCCGUUUCUGGUUCUUGCAGCCAGACUGCCUUUUUUUUUUUAUAUGUAUGCAUUAAGGUGCAGCUUUGCUUUUAGCCCCAUUCAGAACAACUUUUACAAUCUCAAAAUUUUUAAUCAAAUGUUUUUUGGGGGGAAAAACUGCAUAAAUUGCCGCAAUCAGUGGUCAUUUUUGUAAAUCACACAGGAAGCAAAUGGAGAUGAAAAAGGUUUUAAGUCACGAGCAGGGGAGAAGCAAGAGAGCUUUGCUGCCUCACGCAGCAGAGAAAGGACAGGGAGAGUCGGUAGGGAUGCAAUCAGGAAAAAAAAAAAAGUUUUUUAAUUUUUUUUAACGGGAUUUUUUUCAACACACAGUCCUAAUGUUACAAGAAAAGCAACGUGUAGUUCAACACAAAUAAAGUGGUCAGUAGGCUGAAGAAAUUGAUUGUUGCAAGUAAAAAAAUGUUUAAUGUUUAAAAGUGGAAAUUCUCAGUGAAAAUGUGACAGUAAUAAUACCAAAAGACAAACUCAGAAAUGUACUUUCUAUGUGACCAAAAAUGUUGCAUUAGCAUGUAACAUGCCAAAUUUACUUUAACAAAAUAAAAAUAAAAAGUGGUAAUUUUAUAUGGAAGAUGGUAAGAACACAAAAAGACAAUCAGCAAGUGUCUCCAAAUGUGACCGAAACAUGUUUACAUUGUCUGAGAAUAAAGUUGUAAACUUGCAAGAGAAAAUGAGUAAUUCUACAAAACUUAGGUGGUAAUUUUGUUUGGAAAAUUUGACAGGAAAAAUGGAACAAAAAAAAAGACACAUUGGACAAAUUGCUCCAAAAUUGAGCAAAAUUAAAUACAUUUUACCAGAAUAAAGUUGUAAUAUUACAAUAAAAAAAACUUUAUUUUAUGAAAAUGUAGUAGUCAAUUUAUGUGAAUUUGAUGUUGGGAUCAAUGAAAGACAAACUAAGCAAAUUGCUCCAAAUGUAACCAAAACGUUUUGGGGGGAAAAAGGUGGUAAUUUUACAAUGAAAAAAUUGACAAUAACGACAGUCAAGUUAUUAGUGGAUUACAAGAUUACAGUUGUAAAAUUAUAAGAAAUAAGUCGUACUUUAAAAAAAAAAAAAAAAAGGUAAUUGUAUGUGGAAAAAUUGGCAGGAAAAAUACAGAAAGACCUAUUCAGCAAAUUGUUCCUGGUUAUACCAAAUAAUGCAUUUUACAAAAAUAAAGUCGUAAUGAUAUAUUGACUGUACAAACAGACUAAUAUGACCGAUAAAGUUCACAUUUUAAUAUUGAUGUUAAAUUAUACUAUAUUUUUCUUGUAAUUGUAUUAAUUUAAUAUGAUUAUUUAAAAAAUAAAGUGGCAAUUUUAUGUUGAAAUACUAAGUUAGAACACAGAAAGACACACUCAGCAAAUUACUACAAAUGAGACCAAAAAUAAAUACAUUUAAGAAUACAAGACAUCAAAUAAUUUUAAAUGAAGGAAAUUGCUAAAUUAAAAAAAAAAUUACAAAUAAAUUAAAAAAAUAAAUUUCAUGAGGUCAAUGUCAUAUUAAAAACAACACAUUUCCCCAAUUUUAAAAAGCUGGUAUUAGUGGAAAAAUAUCUAGUAUGGAAGAAAAUUAAUUGUGACUUUCUCCCAAAAAAAAAAUCUCUUUGCUUCGCUUUUUCACCAAGUAUUAACUAUAAAUAUGUAUAGAAUAGCAAAAAUAAUUGGUUUUUUUUUCACGACAGCGCCAUCUGCCUGAGCUAGUGGGGCACUGCCUCUCUUGCCCAUAAUGCAAAAAAAAUCAAAACACACACAAAAUGCCACUGGUUGCAAACCAAGUUUUCCCAAGAUGUCACACUUUAGAACUGGAAUGAUUCUUUUGUGUGGGAUGCAAGGAAAAAGCAUGAGAAUGAACCAAAAGACAUCCCUGUAGAAAUGUAACCAUGAUGUACUGUAUGUACUGUACAAUGAAGUGUUACUAUUAUAGUACGUGUACUGGAUUGGCUUUCAACAGCAUGUAUAAAAGAAGCUAGAAAAGCUGAUAACAAUAACUGAAAGCACUUCCAAACGUCAUUGUGUUCCAACAAUUCAAGAGAGAGAGAGAGAGAAGCACUUUAUUAAUAAUAAUAAUGAUAUUAUUAUCAAGGUGAUGCAGGAAAGUUUUUAGGAAAAAAACCUCAUUAUUUAAAAAAAAAAAAAAAAACUUGCUCUUGAUGAAAAGGACUUCCCCAAAAAGAGAAUAUUGUUCUAUUCUGUAUGUUCUACGUACUUGUGAUGUUUAAGAGGGAAAAAGGAAUCUUAAAUGUGGAAAAGUACGAACUGCUGCUGCUGACUUGAAAAAAAAUCACUAACAUUAUUUUCUAAGAAUAUAUAUAUAUAUAUAUAUAUAUAUAUAUAUAUAUAUA